AUGGUUGGAUUCUAUGAACUCCAACUUAUCAUCCUCGUUUCCUUGUGUCUCAUUUUCCUCUUCCUUGAGCGCCAUGUCUCACGACGGAAAGAGAAGGAGAAAGACUUGCACACCGCCGAGCGCUUGGAGAACGGGGAACCGACGGCAUCACACAACUCACUAGCCACACUAACAAGACAGUAUCUCAUCGUCUAUGCAGUUGUGAUGGGUGCUGAUUGGCUCCAGGGGCCAUAUGUGUACUCAUUGUACCGAGAACAGUAUGGUCUCUCGGAAAGGAUGGUUGCAGUCCUUUUUGUCACUGGUUUCAUGUCCGCGGGGCUCAUUGCACCGCUGGUUGGAGUGUGGGCGGAUCAACACGGACGCAGAAAGCUCUGUCUUGCAUUCUGCCUAACGUACACAUUUACCUGCUGUUGCAUAACCAUCCCGUACUUACCCAUUCUUCUCCUUGGACGUGUAUGCGGAGGUAUCUCCACAUCAAUACUCUACUCUGCGUUCGAGUCCUGGCUGGUGAGCUCCGCUGGGGCGUUAGCCCUCCCCCCAGCAGAUCUUUCCACAAUAUUUGGGCGCGCCACGCUCGUGAACGGAUUUGUUGCAACGGGCGCGGGUGUUGCGAGCAAUCAGCUAGUCACAUUGACAAACUCGUUCACGUCCCCUUUUAUCGCCAGUGGGGCUCUAUUGUUGUUUGCCUACCUGGUUAUUCGCGCAAGUUGGGGGGAGAACUUUGGCAGCAGUGGAACAGCACCCGGCAAGGAUAUAUUUCAGUUGAGAAGGAUGGCGCAGGCAUGGCGCAUCGUCAGAGAUGAUCCUAUGCUACUCGCCAUUGGUCUAACCCAGACUUGUUUUGAGGGCUCUAUGUACCUAUUUGUCUUUCUCUGGGUACCAUCCCUUCAGGAGGCUUCGCCAACGUUUCCCACUGUUGCACUACCGCUGGGCUACAUCUUCUCUUCAUUCAUGAUAUCUAUGAUGCUCGGAUCCCUCCUCUACAGUGUUGUCACCACUCAAUCUGGCGGUCUCACUGUCCAUGCAAAGCUCAGUAGCUUGGUCUGCGCAUUUGCUGCCCUCGCAUUGGCAACAAGCAUAAGAAGCGAGAGUGAGCGCGUCAGGUUCUGGGCGUUCUGCGCAUUUGAAGCGUGCGUGGGGAUGUAUUAUCCUGUGCAGGGGAUGUUGAGGGGAACUCUAAUUUCAAACGAGCAUAGAGCGACGCUGAGUUCGCUGUUUCGUGUUCCUCUAAACGUAUUUGUUGUCGUCUCCCUGAUGACCGGGGUGUCGAGUGCUAGGAGCGCUGUGUUAAGCGCAAGCUCCCUGAUGCUUGCGUUCUCUGCCCUUACAACCGCGUUUGUAGUCGUUGCGAGGGCAGAUGAACAUGUUUCCCCCGAGGCAAGCUUAAGACCAGAAUGA